AUGUACUGUGCUGAGAAGGACGCUCCGUCCAAGCUUAUUAUGGCGUUCAGACCGUAUGAGGACAAGUGGAUGUACAAUGCGACCUUCGGUGAUUUCAAAAUAUAUGGGCUAACGAAGAUCAAUACCAUCGCAUCUAUCGGAUAUAGCCAGAUAUUGUAUACAGCAUCACCGGGUGGAUCACCAGAUGAGCAGAGUCUGAGGCUACCGGAUACCUAUCAAUUGAAGGGAUUCGUUACCUCCAUGGGUCUGGGCGUCAAGACCUUGACCCGUAUGUUGUACUUACCCCGCAGCCACGGCCAAUCAGAGAUUGUGAUGAACGGUGAGCCUGAGAUACGCUUAACCUAUGGCGCGUGUCUUCAGCCUGUGAAUCAUCAUUUUUGCCAAUUUGCUCACGGCAAGGGCUUAAGUGUGGCCCUCCGCUCUGAUGCUACGCACAUGGUCGUCUACAAUGAUGCCAUCCCCGUGAAAGAAUUCCAAUCGGUAGCGGACACAGUGAACUAUCCCUUCAAUAUUUUGGUAUUGAAAAGAGAGGAAAAAGGGUUGGAUGUUUUACUCUCUCUUAUGGACAAUCGCACACAAGUUGGUCAAGAGGAUUGGUGGAUGACAGGAAAGGCCAUGACCUUGGAUCUAUUCCGUGAUACUUUGACAAUACACCAUGGUCCAUGGAUAUAUGGUUAUGACCCGUCACAUCCUACCCCUCCGGAUAUUGUCCUCAAGGCGUGCCAUCCCUAAUGUUACCAGCCUUGCUCGAGCUUGUUACGAGCCUAUUCCACCGUAUAGGGGCGUGAUUAUUUAAGAAACAGCGUUAUGAUUCUCGCUUUUAGGGAAGUCUUUAUGUUGAGGCUGUCCUUGACAUACAGUCCGUCGGGAAAUGUACUCGCGUGCUGCAUUGUUCAUGGCAAACUUGCGAGUUGUGACAACUCGGUUGUCCAUUCUCGGUCAAACUCUUUGAUCCA